CACUUGGAAGUUGAGGAAGCGGGGGUUGGUGGUGUUGCUAAGGGGAGGGCGUUCUUCUCCUCGGAGCCGUCAAGUACAACCGAGCGGAAAGCUGUGACAGGCAAUAGUUUGAGGACAGACUGCAGGGUGGCAGAGCGGCGUGUAGUGAUAAAGCACAGAGACCUGACUGACACUAAGGUGCUGCUGUGAGGCAGAAGCACAAAUCUGGACUGCAGACCCUGAGCAAAGCACUGAGGACAUAAAACAUGGGGGUGUACAAUGAGCAAGGGGCGGCCCUGGACGAACCAGUGUCUCGCCAUACGAUGAUCAAAGAGAGCAAAGGAGGGCGCCGUCGCCGCACGUCACCCACUGUCUCCCCUCGCAGACAGCACAGCAAACUUCCCCCCAAAGACGUCUUCAAUGACAUGAUGUUUGUGGUUGGGGGAUGGACCCAAAACGACCCAUCCUGUUUGGUAGAACAGUUCUGUCCAGAGUACAACGAAUGGAGAACAGCAGCACGCAUGGUCAACAGUCGUGGCCAAGUGGCGGUGGGCACACUGGAUGGAAUGAUCUACACCGUGGGAGGGGAGGAUCACCUCCGCUGUUACAGCAGCGUGGAGAGGUACAACCCCGACACAGACAGCUGGAGUACAGAUGUAGCACCCUUGAGCAGGCCCCGCAGCGGAGUGUGUCUGGUGGAGAUGGACGGAUACCUGUACGCUAUUGGAGGACACGACGGCAUUGCUGCCAUAAAUACUGUGGAGAGGUAUGACCCCAAAAUGAACACAUGGAGCAAGCAGGCAGCGAUGCUGACCAGACGCACCAGAGCAGUGGCCGCUGUGCUGGAGGGUCACCUGUACGUGAUCGGAGGGAAUGAUGGUGACAUGGCUCUGAACUCAGUGGAGCGGUACAACCCUGUAGACGGUAGCUGGUCGAUAUGCGCCCACAUGCUGAGUCCCAGGGAGAAUGCCGGGUGCGCCGUGUACCUGGGACGCAUCUACGUGGCCGGGGGCAGAGACGAGCUCAACCUGGAGCUCUGCGGUGCGGAGAAGUUUGACCCGGACAACAUGAGGUGGACUCCUGUCAAACGCAUGAGGAGCAAGAGGGACAAUAUGUCCCUUGUUGUGUUCAACGGCGCCUUGAUGGCUGUGGGAGGCUCUGAUGGUGUCACCAAUCUGAAAACAAUAGAAGCGUACUGUCAUGACACCAACACAUGGAGACACUUUGGAAGCAUGAAGAGCAAGCAUCCAGGAGGGAGAGUGGCUGUGCUGUGCUGAGACUCAACAAUGCUCAUAUUAUAUGAGCAGCACAGAGGUGUUAGAGAGAACUAGCCUAAUGAAUGUACGCCGGGCUCCAGGACACAUUGUGAUGCGGUUCAAGUAAGGCAGCGUAAUGACUGAAUAAUUGAAGAGUUCACUCCAAAAUGAGACAUCAUUGCAUUAGUCAAAGCUGGCAGCUGCUCUUACAAAAUGACUACGAACAUUAAAUUAAAGCACAUUAUACUGUAGGCUAUACCAGGUACCAUUAAAGUUAUGGGUCUUUUUAGGUCUCUCGCUUACAAAACAGACCUCUUUUGCAGAGAUGAAUCAGCGGCAAAUACAUUUCAAGUUGUAUUUUUUUUUCCGAUUCGAUCGGAUUCGGUUACUGUGAAGUUACAGUGAUUCUACAGCAGCAUACUGCUAAAUCACAGUAAUGUGGUGGACAUUUACUGUGAAGUUACAAUUAAAUACAGUGAUUCAACAGGAGUAUACUGCUAAAUCAGUAAUCUGAUAGACAUUUACUGUGAAGUUACAGUUAAAUACAGUGAUUCUACAGCAGCAUACUGCUUAAUCACAGUAAUCUAUAAACAUUUACUGUGAAGUUACAGUUAUUACAGUGAUUCAUUAGUUUAUAUUAGAAAAAAACAUUGUAAUGUCAUGACAAAGUGAUGGUGUUUCAAAAAGUGUUCCACUUGUAAAUAUUGUUAUUUGUGUACUGAUUAAUGAUUGAUGAUGGAGUAACAGGUAUGAGCCAUAAAGACA